UUAUCAUGGGGACUAAACCACAGCAUGCCGAACGUCUUCCAGGCAAGUUCGACAGAAACACUUCAAAGGAUGGCCACCAGUCCAAGCGUCCCAAAAACCCUCGUUUGAGGAAGGGAUUGGCCAAGACAGACCGUGAAUACAAAGAAGCAGUCAGAUCAGCAGAGAGAACAGAGAUGUUAUUGCAAGAAGAAGCAGGUUUCCUUGAAGCCGAGGGCAUGGAAAAGACUUACAAAUUCCGCCAGCAAGAUAUCCAGGAAGCUGUGGAUGUCAGCACUGCCAAUAAGAAGUUCGAAUUGAAAUUGGAUGAGUUUGGUCCAUAUACUAUGGACUACUCGAGAAACGGCAGGGAGUUGUUGAUUGGGGGACGCAAAGGCCAUGUGGCUGCUUUGGACUGGAGAAAGGGUUCUUUGGAUACCGAGCUCCACUUGAACGAAACCGUGCACGCCGUCAAAUUCCUUCACAACGACCAGUAUUUUGCAGUUGCCCAAAAAAAGUAUACCUUCAUCUACGAUAAAUCGGGGUUGGAACUUCAUAGGUUGAAGCAGCAUAUCGAAGCCACUCUUUUGGACUUCUUGCCAUACCACUUCUUGCUUGCAACUGCUGGACAUACCGGAUUCUUGAAGUACCAUGAUGUUUCUACUGGUCAAUUAGUAAGUGAACACAGAACUAAGCUUGGGCCUACCCAAGCCAUGAAGCAAAAUCCAUGGAACGCUGUCAUGCACUUGGGACACGGAAAUGGUACUGUUUCUUUGUGGGCACCAAGCAUGUCCACCCCAUUGGCAAAGCUUUUAUCUGCAAGAGGACCAAUAAGAGACUUGGCUGUGGACAGAGAAGGUAAGUAUAUGGCAGUUAGUGGAUCUGACAAGACCAUAAAAUUGUGGGACUUGAGAAAAAUGCAAAUCAUGGACACAUAUUACUCCCCUACCCCUGCCUCAUCAUUGGACUUCUCCGACACAGGCUUAUUGUCUGUUGGAUGGGGAAGUCACGUCACAGUAUGGAAGGACAUAUUCAAAACCAAGCAGAAAGAUCCAUACAUGAACCACUUGAUACCCGGCUCCAAGAUCGAAAAGGUAAGGCAUGUUCCAUUUGAAGAUGUUCUUGGUGUUGGACACCAAAAUGGAUUCAGCUCUUUAAUUGUCCCAGGAGCUGGUGAAGCCAACUACGAUGCAUUAGAAUUGAACCCAUACGAAUCUGCUAAGCAAAGACAACAGAGCGAAGUCAGAUCCUUGAUGAACAAGUUACCAUUCGACACCAUCACCAUGGAUCCUACAAUUAUUGGUAAGGUGGACAGAAGAGCCAUGGCCAUCAGAUUGAAGCCAGGUGAGAUCAACGAAUUGGAGGUGGUCACCGGUGACGAAAAGUUGCAGCCUAGACCAGAUGUCCUGAGCAAAAACUCGAAGUUGAGAUCGCACUUGAGAAGGAAGAAACAGAAUGUGAUUGACGAAAGAAAGAUGAGAGUGGAAAGAAACUUGAAGAUGGAGAAGGAAGCGAGAGAGAGAAUGAAGAUGGAGGAGCAAGGCAUAUAUGAGGAGGAAGAUGUCUUGGACCAAGCAUUGAACAGAUUCAAGUAGUUGUAUAGGCUAGCAUAAUGUACAUUAAUAAUAGAGUAAUGUAAAGAGAAGCAAGUUGUUCAAGCAAGACAGAGAAUAA